AUGGCUCCUGUCGAGACUGAUUCUUCGAACGAGAGCAGGAAGCUCGUCCUCUGCUUCGAUGGCACAGGCAACUCGUUCACUGGCUCCGGCUCCGACACGAACGUGGUGAAACUGUUGCGCAUGCUUGACCGCAAUGACAAGCACCAGUAUCAUUACUAUCAGACUGGCAUCGGAACUUACGAUGUCGACGACACCAGUGUCAACAAGGGAUGGGCUGGGGAGAUGCGCAGCAACAUCUCUCAAAAAAUCGACAUGGGCUUCGGUACCACCUUUGACGCCCAUGUAAUUGCUGGAUAUCGGUUCCUCAUGCGCUACUACGAGACUGGGGACAGAAUCUACAUCUUCGGGUUCAGUCGUGGAGCCUUCACAGCCAGGUUCCUGGCCCGCAUGGUCAACACUGUCGGCCUUCUUUGCAAAGGCAACGAAGAGAUGGUGCCCUUUGCAUAUAAGCUUUACCAGAACCAUCUAGCCAAUGUCAAAAAGAGCGAGAAGAACUCAGAGGGCGGGGCAACCAACACUAGCGAUGUCCCCGUGGCCCAAGUCACGAAAGCCAACACUAACGGUACCUACGGAACCAUGGAGACGCCCGUGAGCCCGCCAGACACUCCUAUCAACGAGGCCUUCCCGAACGCAGUCACCAGCCCCGGUGAUGUAAGCCCAAAGUCCACGGGCAGAAAGGUAAGGAGGGGCAAGAGAAACGAGAUUGAGGCCUUCAGCAAGACGUUCUGCCGAAAGGAAGAGAGUGACCAUGGAAAGGACAAUAUCAAAGUCUUCUUUCUCGGCAUGUGGGACUGCGUGAACUCGGUCAAAGUACUCGAGCAGGCCGGCGACAAGCCGGCCUCGGUCAAGGGUACCGCAACUUUUGUCCGCCAUGCUGUCGCUGUGGACGAGUUCCGGGUCAAGUUCAAGCCUGCGCUCCUUGCACAAGAUGUCACCAAACCUUCCAAGAAAAGGCACAAUCAUGUUGAAGAUAUCAAGGAGGUGUGGUUCCCUGGCAACCAUGGCGAUGUCGGCGGUGGCUGGUCAGCAAUCAAGGAUGAUCCUACGUGGAAAGCCAAGGAAGCUCAAAGGAUCAAAGCUCAAAGGUUGGAGGGCGAGGAGGCCGGAGCCGACGAACAUACCUACCCCUUGGACAACCCCACUAUUUGGGGCCGGUUUUUGAGACUCAUUGGGCUGGGAGAGGAGGAGGAAGAAAUCGAUGAUACGGAGGAGAUGCAGCUGAGCGACAUUCCCCUUUCUUGGAUGAUCCGCGAGCUGGAACUCGCGGACCAGGAAUAUGAGAAGAAGACAGGCAAGACAGGGCUGAAAUGGCGACCAAGGCGCUUGAACAGAUUCAAAGAGAGCAUCUACCAGAAUGAGGAGAAGCAGACGCAGGCUCUGAAAGGAUGGAUUCACGACCUCCUUCGGUUUGGAAACGGGAUGGGCUACUUCAAGCCGUUCAUGUGGUACCUCCUUGAAUUUUGCCCUCUUAUCAAAAGAUGGGAACUUGACGAUAAGAAUGGCGGUUGGGCACUCACUACUUUCCCGCUCAACGGGGGUGGACCACGAGAUAUCCCUCGCAACGCAAUCUUGCACGAGUCUCUACACCGACGUCUUCAUAACGAUGACGACUAUCAGCCACAAAACAACCAUGGUAACCUGAAGGAAGCUUGUUUGAGGAAAAACCGUGAGCACUAUGACCCUCACACGACUCACGAAGGAGACUGCGCCGAGAGUUGCUUCCACAAUACUUGGAAAUUCAAAGCCCACGGAACUGGCGCAGAUCACGUCGAGUCCCUGGCGACGAGCUAG